AUACACCAUGGCAAAGUUUAGGAGUUUGCCAGACCUAUCUAUAUGAUUGUGUACUCUAUAAAUGAGUUGCGUUUCUCCUGUGUUGCUGUGGCUCUAUGCUGUAUUUUAUUUAUUGUUGUUUGGUUUUUUUUUGUGGAGGUUAGGUUUUGGUUAUUUGCCUCGUGCAUCGUAUUCAAAUUCUAGCAGGCUGUUACAGAAGUUAUUUUGCUGUUUAUUUUGUGUAGUAACAUAUCACAUACUUUAAAAUGGCAGAAUUCAUAGAAUAUCGUAUGGAAGAAAUGAUCCAAGAGUUGGAACAAAUGGAAAGAACGAACAUGUUUGAUAAACAAGAAGUCAGGACAAUAGGCAAAAUGCGAAAGGAAUUUGAAGCAAAAAUUCAAAGGCAAGUUAAAUCUGAAGAGGAUUUCCUUCGAUACAUUCAGUAUGAAAUAGAUGUCCUGAAUCUUGUUAAAGUUCGAAGGCAGAAAAUGGGUUUGUCUGGGAGCAAAGCAGAUAUAGAGUACAGCAUUGCCAACCGCCUCAACAGGCUGUUCAGGAUUGCAGUGACGGUGUUCAAAGAUGACAUCCGUAUUUGGGCGUGGUACCUCAGCUUCUGCAAGAGGGUGGGCUUCCACUCGAGCGCCAGCAACAUGCUGGCCCGCAUGCUGGCCAUCCACAGCGACAAGCCCAGCCUGUGGAAGUGCGCGGCCACCGUCGAGUUCGAGGAGAUGAACUCGGUGGAGAACGCUCGCCAGUACCUCAUGAGGGGGCUGCGCUUCCACCCGGAGUCUCGCUUGCUGCACUUGGAGUUGUUCAAGCUGGAACUGACGUACGCGGACAUGAAGCGCAAGGAGUCCGGCCAGCAGGACAAGGAUGCCAACUCGAGCGACUCGCGCCUCCCAGGGGAUGCCGACAACGCUGCGGGCUGCUCGUCUCAGGAUCACGUGGAAAUGGUUGGAUUGGACCAGGUCAAAGAAGGGAAAAUUGCUGAAGUAAUGUAUGAAAUGGCAGUGAAGAAAAUAAAUGACGUUUCGUUCAUCACCACCUUGUUGUCUACUGCAAGUAAAUAUGAUUUCACACAGAAUUUGCAGAGGAAGAUUAUCAAUGAUCUGCUGAAGAACUUUCCGAACGACGAACUCACUUGGAACACGAUGGCGAGGCGUGAGUUGGAGGGACUCCACUACACGGACAGCCCUUUUCCCUCGGAACAUAGGGCUGUCAAGGAUGACUCUAAGAAGUCUCUGCGGGAACGUAUCAAGCUGUGUGUGGGUGUUUACGUGGCAGCGUUCAAGAAGGUGAACACGGAGCGCAUGUGGUCACUCUACAUUGACACGCUGUUGGAGAUCAACGAAGACACCACGCACCUGCCUGUGUUCAAGAAGAAACUCCUGAGAGAAGCGUUCCAGGGCGCUCACGCUGCUGGCAAGCUGGCACAGAAGUACUACAAACUGUGGGCGGAGAUGCUGCAGAGCACGAACAAGGUGCACAAGCUGGACAGCGUGCUGCGCGUCGCCACGGAGCGCUUCCCCCAGAGCCCCGAGCUGUGGCUGCUGCGGCUGCGCUUCCACAUCGCCCUGCGGGACGAGGUGUCGGUGAACCGGGUGUUCCGCGACGCCGUGGUGGGCGUGGGCGGGCGCGCCGAGGCCGCGCUGCCCCUGUGGAGGACCCUGCUGCUCUACUACCAGGACCGCAAGGAGCGCCCCAAGGUGGAGACGGUGUUCAAGGAGGGCCUGGCCCAGCCGCCGGCCGUCUCGCGGGCCCUCAAGCCGCUCUACCUCGAGUGGGCCGUGCUCACCAAGGGUAUCAUAGCGGGACGCAAGACCUACAAGAGCAUCUGCAUGCAGCCGCCGUUCUCGCUGGAGCUGCACCUGAAGAUGGUGUCGUUCGAGUGCUUCCAGCCGGAGGUGAAGCUGGACCAGGUGCGCAAGUGCUUCAACACCGCCUGCGAGCAGUUCGGCAAGACCAACACAGAUGUGUGGCUCCAGUACGUGAAAUUCGAACACGAGCACGGGGAAGAGAAGUGUGUGAGCGAACUGUACUGGCGGGCCGUGAAGACGCUGGAGCCAUCCCACACGGACACAUUCAUCAGCGAGUUCAACUUCCUGCGCACAGGUCUCACGCCCGCCACCAGUUCCAGUUGAUGGCAGCAGAUGGCAGCAGAUGCCAGUGGCCACGUGAAAACUUAUAUCUGUCGUAAUUAUAAAUUGUUUUCUGUCAUAUAUAGAGUGUAAAUAAAUGUCUUGUAUGUUAACUGCA